AUGACGCAGCAAAUUGAAUCACGCAAUUUUGUUCGUAGCAAAUUUCCCAUUGUUGUCCACCUUCUCAACUCGGAAAUUCUUAACCUCACGGCUGAGAAGACCUCGACUGUUGCAGAUGUGUUUUCGGAUGUGUGUACUUAUCUCGAUCUCUAUGAUACAGACAUAUUCGGACUAGCCCAGAAAACAGAUAAUGGAAUGCUUUUUCUCAAUCCGGCCUCUCGUAUUUCCUCCCUCUGCACCCUUGAAAAGACAACAAGCCUCGUCAGGAAACUGAGUUUGCUGCGUUCUUCAAGAAAAUCGCUACCUCUUUCAACGGUUAACGGUCAUAGUCUUCCGGGUGCCGAUAACUGCCCAGUCUUCUAUUUUCGCGUUCGCUUCUACAUUCCGAAUCACUGUUUACAUGGACGCAAAGUACGCCACCUGUACUACGAACAAAUCAAGCACAAUGUUCUGCACUAUGGUCUGUUGUGCAGUGAAGACGUCUACUUCCAAUUAGCCGCUUAUGCUCUUCAAACUGCUCUGGAUGCAGACGUCUUGGAAGCCCUCCAUGAAGGCCUGCCUCUUGAUGAAGACGUCCUCGACUUGAGCCACUUCUUUCCAUUUUGGUUGAUCGAUGCCUACGGCGCCGACUACCUGAUCCAAAGUAUCCCAACUCUGAUCAGAAAACUGGCUGAUAUUCCUCGUGAUGCUCUAGAAUUUCGAUACAUCCGUCUAGCUUCCGAGGCCUCAUCUAAUUUUAAUCUACAUCUCUAUCAAGUUUCACCGCUAUAUCCUGCCUCAGUGGAACAUGGACGCCCCCAAAGCCAGAGGCCCGUUCUUCGGCGAUCUUUCAGUCGUUGUAGCCAUAGCAACGUCUCGUCCGGUUGUGGGUCCUUCUGGUUGGGUAUCAGUCCCUACGGUCUGGAGUUCCACGAGAACAACUGUCUCCUGGUCCAUACCGGCGACGUAGGAAGGAGUCAGGACCAAGCAGUCGUCCGUGGCAAGCUGACUUUCUGCACACCUUCCUCUGUGGUCGCUGAGCGUGUAUUCACUUUAGGAAGUCAGAUGCACAGUUAUCAGACCACGGCUCGCCUUUGUUCACUCCAGUCCGCUCAGCAACUAGAGCAAGACGAACGACGGCAGUACAAUGAAACCUACAUAUACAGUGAUGGAGAAGUCAUCACCUCAACACGAAUCCACGGUACACCGGACGCCGGAAACGUACGAAGACUGCUGACUGACGACUACGAGUCGCCGAAUUUCCCCGUAGUCUCUCCCCAUGCGCUCCCUUCUUCCAAAGAAUUCCAGGAAAGAACAUCCAAAGCCAUUUGA